AUGGUGUUCUCAGAGGUUAUAUUUGUUUGUGAAGCCACAGACGAUAACGGCACCACAUUAUGUGGAAAUGUAGGUGUAGAAUGUAAAGAAGAUCUUGAUGAAUGUAGUAAUGGUCAUUAUCCUUGCCUCCAUCGAGGUCAGUGUCAUAAUUCCUUUGGCAGCUAUAGUUGUACCUGUUUGGAAGGUUGGAAAAACGGUCCUCGACAACAUUGCGAGUUGCAAACGAACCCUGAUAUAAAUUUUCGGAAGUGCAUGCCGGGUUGGAAAGGGGAGUGGUGCUCAGACAAAUGUAUAACAGAUAAUGAUUGUAAGGCGAGCGAAGUCUGCAUUCAGCACGGAAGGGGUAAAAUCUGUGCAUGUCGGCCUGGCUGGACCGGGUCUGUAGAUAACUGCAUCGAUAUCGACGAAUGCCUUUCAUCACCAUGCCAAAGUUUUGAGGUGUGUACAAAUACGGACGGAUCUUAUUCCUGUGGGUGUCCAACGGGCUAUACUGGGAUAGCAUGUUCAGACGACAUAGAUGAAUGUCUAACAAAUCAUUGUAGUUAUUCCGGUAUAUGCAUGAACACUGUAGGUUCCUACAAGUGCAAUUGUCUUCCUGGUAAAGAAGGUGAUUCAUGCCAGAAUAGAGAUGAAGGAUUUGCACCACCCAAAACCGCCAUAUUUGCAUUAGCAGUGGGGUCGUUUGCAUUUUCUAUUGUUUCGAUUAUUGUCGUUGUUGUGAGUAGGUACCUGUGUAAAGACCGACACGUAAAUCAACAAGAGGAAGACAUGGAAUCUGAUCCGUCGGCAAAAUCAGACUGGGAAAAGAACACAUACGGGAAAAAUACCCAUCCACCGGGUGAACCUAAGAGAAACGUUGUUCGAAUCGUGUCAAGGAUGGCACGCAUUUCAGCCAUGGAAUCUAUUACAACAAAUAGGUCUGAGGAAAAUUUCAAUCCAUUUCAAAACGACAAGCCUGCAAAGCACAAUAGAGUCAGAGUUUUAGAAUUAGAAAAUAUUGCAUCAAAGGCUAAACGCUCGUGUGAAUCUCAACUUUUAUUUACUACAGAUGACAUUGCUCGUAGUGUUAAUCUUGGUCACCAGGUUAAUAUGGCGGUGCUUGACUUUUCUAAGGCUUUCGAUAAAGUGUCACAUCAGCGACUCUCUGUAAAAAUGCAAUAUUAUGGUAUACGUAAUGAAACCAAUUUGUGGAUUAAUGAAUUCCUUAACGGUCGUUAUCAACGAGUGGUAGUAGACGGAGAAUCAUCAAGACCGUCACUGGUAACAUCGGGCGUGCCUCAGGGAACAGUGCUUGGUCCUGCAUUGUUUUUAGUAUAA